AUGGAGAAAUCAAUUAUUCUACUGCUCUGCAUACAAUAUUUUGUUAAGAUCUCAAAAAGUUUCCACUAUAUACCAAAGGAUAAACAAACAACAGUUUUUAUUGAAUGGGAUGAAUUUCCUAAGGGAGGAAGUCCUGAAUUUUAUUUUUUAAAAUACCAACUUGUUAAUAAUUUUGCUCAGAAAAAUGUUAAAAAGAUUCUUGCAGACCCACAAAAGUUUCCAAAAUCAAUACUAACACUAGAAGAAAAUGAAGAUUAUCACAUUAUUAUACAGUCUGUAAAAUAUGGACAAAUUUUAAGUGAAAAGUCAUUUCAAACUCGUGGAGUAUCAGCUAGAAGUAUUAAAAUAGUAGCAACAAGUACGAGUGUUUCUUUUAACUGGAGUGUGCUAUCUUCCAAUGACAUUUUGGUGUCAAUAUCGCUUAAUAAUUCUUCACACAUUAUGCAGAAUGUCAUGUUUUAUGAGUGGGAUGAUUUGAAACCUGCCACCUUAUAUGUUUUUACACUUGAAUUUAAACAGUUGCAUUUGGAUUUUAUAAAUGUACUUCAGAGAUUGGAUAUUCAAAUUGAAACAGGUUCAUGUUCACAAGGAUGGGUAGCAUUUAAAAAUAGCUGUUAUAGAAUUAGCAAAGAGAGUAAGCCAUGGAAUAUAGCCCAGCAAUACUGUAAGCUGUCCUUAACUUCUGCACACCUGGUGGAUAUAAAAAACGAGGAGGAAAAAAAAUUUGUAUUUUCACAUCUCAGGUCAAAGAAUCAAAUAAUAAUAUGGACUGGUCUUAACGACUUUAAGAAAGAAGGUCAUCUCACAUGGACGGAUGGAUCAUCUUUUGACCUUAAGGGAAAUGAAAUGCUUUCUUUUCCACUACUACCCAAGAAUGAAACGGAUUGCUACAUUUUACAGCAAAACUCAACUGGAUCAAACUAUUUCUUUACAGGAUUUUUCUGUUAUGUUCCCUUGCCAUAUAUUUGUGAAUAUGAAUCACCUUCUCUGCAGGAAAACCUUUUAUUCUAUGUAAAGGAAGUUGGAACAACUGAAGUUGUGUUUAGUUGGAAUAAUUUGAGUGCUUGGAAUAAUUUGAAUAAGUGGCUGAAACUUGGAUAUAAAAUUAUCAUUAAAUAUUAUUUAGAUUGUACAGAAGAGCAGCAUUUUGAAAGCAUGCCCCCAGAUACUACAGAGAAAGCAAUUACACAAUUGUAUCCUGGCCGUGUUUACAGAUUUUUAUUCUCUGCGAUAAAUGAAUGGGAGGCAAAAACUACUUUAAGUCCAGUAUUCAUUGUUGAAACACGUCCAUUAUCACCUCAAAACGUCACAGUUACUCAUGUGACCCCAACGGAAAUAUUUUUACACUGGGAUGCUCCAGAUCCUGUAUCUUUUGACCAUUAUUUUGUGGUUAUGUUGGAUCCUGAAAAUGCUAAAUCAGAAGAAGUGUUUGUUGAAAAACCCAACACAUCCACAACAAUUGGAAAUCUCAAAUCUUUCCAUCAUUAUCUUAUCUAUCUAUUCAGUGUGGCAGAAAGAGGAACUCUAAGCUACUUUGAGAAACCUGUUUCAGCCAUUACAGGUAUUAAUCCACCUCAGAAAAUUUGUGUAAAACCUGAAGAUGUGGAUGAAGACAGUAUAAUUCUCCAGUGGGAACCCCCACGAGAUGGCCAUGAGGUCUACAUUCAAAUCAAAUCCAUAUCAGAUACACGAGAAAUCAGGAAGCUUUUUGUAAAGGAUGCUAAUAGAUUCAAGGUUGAUCGCUUAAUCCCUGGAAUGACAUACAACAUUGGAAUGGCAACAGUAAUGAAUGGGAAUUUGAGCGAGCUGGUAACUAUUCAACAAACUCUAAAGCCCAAACCAGUUCAAAUUGUUAUUCCUUAUGAAAGCCAUAGUACCUCUGUAAUCUUGUUUGUUCAGAUGCCUAAUAUUGGAGUGUUUGAUGGUGUACAUAUUGCAAGUGACCGAGGCCCAAAUGUAACCAGGCUUUUGAAACAAGACAACAUAAUAACUGUUGACAAUUUAACCCCAGGCACAGAAUAUAAUUUCUUUGUUUCUACCAUCAGUGGGACUAAAUUAAGUAAUAUAUAUUAUGUACCUGCAGUAAGAACAUGUCUGGAAGCACCAUCAAAUAUCCAUGAGGGCAAAGUUACAGACUCUUCCAUUGAAAUUCUCUGGAAUCGAGCUGAUGGGAAUUUUCAGCAUUAUGAAAUCACAUGCGUAAACUGUGCUGCUGCUUUCAUGGUCCAGAAGGUAUCUCAAGAAGCUGCAGUCUUCUCUAACCUGGAUCCUGCCAUGGUGUACACCUUUUCAAUUCGCACUGAAAAAGAAGGUUUUAAAGAUAGUUCUCCCUACAUAAAAGAAAUACAGACAGCCCCAAGUGCGGUUGAAUUUAUGAAUCAUAGUAGGAAUUCAAAUGCAGUAACCAUUAGUUGGCCUUCAGCCAGAAGUCUUCUGGAUGGAUAUAUUAUUUCAAUAUCCAGUGAAAGCUUAAUGAAAGAAGAAAUCCUGCCUUCUACAAACAGGACAUUCACAUUUAACAGACUUUCUCCGGGGACUGAUUUUUUAAUUAGCAUUAUGGCUACUAAGGGACUAAAGAGAAGCCAUCCUACUGUCCUAAUGGUUAGCACUUAUCCAGACCCACCGUCAGAUUUACUGAUUUUGGGGCAGGAAGAAAACACAAUAUAUUUGUCCUGGAAACUCCCACAAGGAGGUUUUGAGAAGUUCCAGAUAUCCUAUUAUAUGACAUCUAGAAGGAAAAAGCUAUUUCAAGUGAUGGUAUAUAGCAACAAAGCCAAACUAGAGAAUCUGACUCCAGGUAUGGACUACGUGUUCCAUGUGAAGACAGUUAGAGGCAAAGAUUACAGCGCAUCUAUAAUGGAAAACGUGGCUACAAAACCAGAAAAACCCAAGAAACUUAAAGCUUUCAAUAUUUCUGCACAUUCCUUUUCUCUGCACUGGAGCCUACCCUCUGGCCAUGUGGACAGGUUUCACGUGGAUCUUGUUCCUGACACUGGCUUUGUUACUAUCAGAGAUCUUGGAGGUGGAGAAUAUCAGGCUGAUGUUUCUAAUGCUGUUCCUGGUACAGGGUAUGACGUAACCAUCUCUUCCAUUUCUGCUACAACAUAUAGCUCACCUGUUAGUAGAACAGUGACAACAAAUGUGACAAAACCGGGGCCUCCAGUCUUCCUGGCAGGGGAAAGAGUCGGAUCUGCUGGGAUUCUUCUGUCUUGGAAUACACCACCUAAUCCAAAUGGGAGAAUUAUAUCUUACAUUGUAAAAUAUAAGGAAGUUUGUCCAUGGAUGCAGGCAACGUAUACACAAGUUAGAACAAAACCAGACAGUCUGGAAGUUCUUCUUACUAAUCUUAAUCCUGGAACAACAUAUGAAAUCAAGGUUGCUGCAGAAAACAGUGCUGGCAUUGGAGUGUUUAGUGACCCAUUUCUCUUCCAAACUGCAGAAAGUGCUCCAGGAAAAGUGGUGAAUCUCACUGUCGAGGCCUUUAACUAUUCAGCAGUAAACCUGAUUUGGUAUUUACCUCGGCAACCAAAUGGCAAAAUUACCAGCUUCAAGAUUAGUGUUAAACAUGCCAGAAGUGGGAUAGUGGUGAAGGAUGUUUCAAUCAGAGUAGAGGACAUUUUGACUGGGAAGCUGCCAGAAUGUAAUGAGAAUAAUGAAUCUUUUUUAUGGAGUACAACCAGCCCUUCGCCAACCCUGGGGAGAGUCACGCCUCCAUCUCGUACGACGUAUUCAUCUAGCACGUUGUCACGGAGUAAGAUUAGCUCUGUGUGGAAAGAGCCUAUCAGUUUUGUAGUGACACGUUUGAGACCUUAUACAACGUAUCUUUUUGAAGUUUCUGCUGUUACAACUGAAGCAGGUUAUAUUGAUAGUACGAUUGUCAGAACACCGGAAUCAGUGCCUGAGGGACCACCACAAAACUGUAUAACAAGCAACAUCACAGGGAAGGCCUUUGCAAUAUCAUGGGACCCACCAACUGUAGUAACAGGAAAAUUUAGUUACAGAGUUGAAUUAUAUGGACCAUCAGGUCGGAUUUUAGAUAAUAGCACUAAGGACCUUAAGUUUGCAUUCACUAAUCUAACACCGUUUACGGCAUAUGACGUUUAUGUUGCGGCUGAAACCAGUGCAGGGAUUGGACCUAAGUCAAAUAUUUCAGUAUUCACUCCUCCAGAAGUUCCAGGUGCAGUAUUUGAUUUGCAGGUUGCAGAAGUAGAAGCCACCGAAAUAAGAAUUACUUGGAAGAAACCACGACAACCAAAUGGAAUCAUUAACCAAUAUCGAGUGAAAGUGUUAGUUUCCCAGACAAGAGUGCUUUUAGAAGAUACUCUGCUCACUGGAAAAGAUGAGUAUAUAAACCCCAUGGCUCCAGAAACUGUGAGCAUAGUAGAGUCAAUGGCAGGAUUAUUUGAGGGCUCAGCAGAGAUGUCUUCUGACCUGUACUCACUUGCUUCAGUUAUAUAUAACAGUCAUCCACAUAAUUACUUUCCUGUGAAGGGCAGAGCUGAAGACCAGCCUUCAACAUUUGGAACUUCAAGGAAUCAGUAUAUCACUGACAUUGCUGCUCAACAGCUGUCCUACGUUAUCAGGAGACUUGUACCUUUCACUGAGCACAUGAUUAGUGUAUCUGCUUUCACCAUCAUGGGAGAAGGACCACCAACGGUCCUCAAUGUUAGGACACUUGAGCAAGUGCCAAGCUCCAUUCAAGUUAUAAACUAUAAAAAUAUUAGUUCUUCAUCUAUUUUGUUAUAUUGGGAUCCUCCAGAAUAUCCUAAUGGAAAAAUAACUCAUUAUACAAUUUAUGCAAUGGAACUGGAUACAAACAGAGCAUUCCAGAUGACUACUGUAGAUAACAACUUUCUCAUAACAGGGUUAAAGAAAUACACAAAAUAUAAAAUGAGAGUGGCUGCCUCAACCACUGUUGGAGAAAGUUCUUUGUCCGAAGCAAAUGACAUCUUCGUGAGAACUCCAGAAGACGAACCAGAAUCGUCACCUCAAGAUGUUGAAGUUACCGAUGUUACUGCUAGUGAAAUAAGUUUGAAGUGGUCACCACCUCAGAAACCCAAUGGGAUUAUUGUUGCCUAUGAAGUGCUCUAUAGAAAUGUAAAUACCUUAUUCAUGAAGAACACCUCAACAACAGACAUAAUUUUAGGGGAGUUAAAACCUUACACCCUCUAUAACAUUUCUGUAAGGUCGUAUACCAGAUUUGGCCAUGGUGAUCAAUUAUCUUCUAUACUUUCUGUGAGGACUUCUGAGACUGCUCCUGAUUCUCCCCCACAAUACUUCUCUGUAAAACAGUUGUCUGGUGUCACGGUGAAGUUGUCAUGGCAACCACCCCUGGAGCCAAAUGGAAUUAUCCUCUAUUACACAGUUUAUGUCUGGGACAGAUCAUCAUUAAAAACUGUUAAUGUAACUGAAACAUCAUUAGAGUUUUCAGAUUUGGACCACAAUGUUGAAUAUAAUGCUUAUGUAACAGCUAGUACCAGAUUUGGUGAUGGGGAAAAGAGAAGCAAUAUUAUCAACUUCCGAACACCCGAGGGAGCACCAAGUGAUCCUCCCAAAGAUGUUCAUUAUUCAAACCUCAGUUCUUCAUCAAUACUUCUUUUUUGGACACCUCCUUCAAAACCUAAUGGGAUUAUACAGUAUUAUUCCAUUUAUUACAGAAAUACUUCAGGUACUUUCAUUCAGAAUUUUACACUCCAUGAAGUAACCAAUGACUUUGACAAUAUGACCGUAUCUGCAAUAAUAGAUAAACUGGCAAUAUUCAGCUACUAUACAUUUUGGCUAACUGCAAGUACUUCAGUUGGAAAUGGGAAUCAAAGCAGUGGCAUAGUUCACGUAUACACAGAUCAAGACAUACCUGAAGGAGUUGUUGGAAACCUGACUUAUGAAUCCAUUUCGUCAACUGCAAUAAAUGUGAGCUGGGGCCCUCCGUCUCAACCAAAUGGUCUAGUCUUCUACUAUGUUUCUUUGAGCUCACAGCAGACUCUUCGCCACGUGAGACCACCUCUAGUUACAUAUGAGAGAAGCAUGUAUUUUGAUAAUCUGGAAAAAUAUACUGACUAUAUAUUAAAAGUCACUCCAUCAACAGAAAAGGGAUUCUCUGAUACAUAUACUGCCCAACUACACAUCAGAACUGAAGAAGAUGUCCCAGAAACUUCACCAAUAAUCAACACUUUUAAAAACCUUUCCUCUACCUCAGUUCUUUUAUCAUGGGAUCCCCCAGUAAAACCAAAUGGUGCAAUAAUAAGUUAUGAUUUAACUUUACAAGGACCAAGUGAGAAUUAUUCUUUUGUUACUUCUGAUAAUUAUGUAAUACUGGAAGAGCUUUCACCAUUUACAUUAUAUAGUUUUUUUGCUGCAGCAAGAACUAUAAAAGGACUCGGUCCUUCCAGUGUUCUUUUCUUUUACACAGAUGAGUCAGUGCCUUUAGCACCUCCUCAAAAUUUGACUUUAGUCAACUACACUUCAGACCUUGUAUGGCUGAAAUGGAGUCCAAGUCCUGUUCCAGGCGGUAUUGUUAAAAUAUAUAGUUUAAAAAUUCAUGAACAUGAAACUGAUACUAUAUUUUAUAAGAAUAUUUCAGGUUUUCAAACUGAAGCCAAGCUUGUUGGACUGGAACCAGUCAGCACCUAUUCCAUCAGCAUAACUGCCUUUACUAAAGUGGGGAAUGGCAAUCAAUUUAGUAACGUAGUAAAAUUCACAACCCAAGAAUCAGUUCCAGAUGCUGUACAGAACAUAGAGUGUAUGGCAACCAGCUGGCAGUCAGCUUCAGUGAAGUGGGAUCCACCCAAAAAAGCAAACGGAAUAAUUACACAUUAUACGAUAACAGUUGGAAGGAAUGCUACAAACAUCUCUCCCCAAGAUCACAUGUACACAUUCAUGAAACUUCUUGCCAAUACCUCUUAUGCCUUUGAAAUAAGAGCUUCAACCUCAGCUGGUGAAGGUAAUGAGAUGACCUGCAACGUCAGCACGCUGCCUGAGACAGUUCCCAGUGUUCCCAUGAAUAUUGCUUUUUCUGAUGUUCAGUCAACUAGUGCAACAUUGACAUGGAUGAGACCUGACUCUAUCUUUGGCUAUUUCCAAAACUACAAGAUUACCACUCAACUUCGGGCUAAAAAAUGUGGAGAAUGGGACUCUGAAGAAUGUGUUGAACAUCAAAAAAUUCAGUACCUCUAUGAAGCUGACCUAACUGAAGAGACAGUCUAUGAAUUGAAGAAAUUUAGAUGGUAUAGAUUCCAAGUGGCUGCCAGCACCAAUGCUGGCUAUGGGAAUGCUUCAAAUUGGAUAUCUACCCAAACCCUGCCUGGUCCUCCAGAUGGUCCUCCUGAAAAUGUGCAUGUAGUAGCAACAUCACCUUUUAGCAUCAACAUCAGCUGGAGUGAACCUGCUGUCAUUACUGGACCAACCUUCUAUUUGAUAGACGUCAAAUCAGUAGACAGUGAUGAAUUUAAUAUUUCCUUAAUCAAGUCAAAUGAAGAAAAUAAAACCAUAGAAGUUAAAGAUUUGGAAAUCUUCACAAGGUAUUCCGUGGUGAUCACUGCAUUCACUGGAAACCUCAGUGCUGCAUAUGUGGAAGGAAAGUCAAGUGCUGAGAUAAUUGUUACUACUUUAGAAUCAGUCCCUAAGGAUCCACCUAACAACAUGACAUUUCAGAAGAUACCAGAUGAAGUUACAAAAUUUCAGUUAACAUUUCUUCCUCCUUCUCAACCAAAUGGAAAUAUCCAAGUAUAUCAAGCUUUGGUUUAUAGAGAAGAUGAUCCUACUGCUGUCCAGAUUCACAAUCUCAGUAUUAUCCAGAAAACUGACACAUCUGUCAUUGCAGUGUUAGAAGGACUAAAAGGUGGACAUACAUACAACAUCAGUGUUUAUGCGAUCAAUAGUGCUGGUGCAGGGCCAAAGGUUCAAAUGAGAAUAACCAUGGAUAUUAAAGCUCCAGCACGACCAAAAACCAAACCAACCCCUAUUUAUGAUGCCACAGGAAAACUUCUUGUGACUUCAACAACAAUUACAAUCAGAAUGCCCAUAUGUUACUACAAUGAUGAUCAUGGACCGAUCAAAAAUAUACAAGUGCUUGUAGCAGAAGCAGGAGCUCAGCAUGAUGGAAAUGUAACAAAGUGGUAUGAUGCAUAUUUUAAUAAACCAAGGCCAUAUUUUACAAAUGAAGGCUUUCCUAACCCCCCAUGUACAGAGGGAAAGGCAAAGUUUAGUGGCAACGAAGAAAUUUACAUCAUAGGUGCUGAUAAUGCAUGUAUGAUUCCUGGUAAUGAAGACAAAAUCUGCAAUGGACCUCUGAAACCAAAAAAGCAAUACUUAUUUAAAUUUAGAGCCACAAAUGUCAUGGGACAAUUUACUGACUCUGAUUACUCUGAUCCUGUUAAGACUUUAAGUGAAGGACUUUCAGAACGAACUGUAGAGAUUAUACUUUCAGUCACUUUGUGUAUCCUUUCCAUCAUUCUUCUUGGAACAGCUGUUUUUGCGUUUGCAAGAAUUCGACAGAAGCAGAAAGAAGGUGGGACAUAUUCUCCUCGGGAUGCAGAAAUUAUUGACACUAAAUUCAAGCUGGAUCAGCUCAUCACUGUGGCGGACUUGGAACUGAAGGACGAGAGAUUAACGCGGUUACUUAGUUAUAGAAAAUCCAUCAAGCCGAUAAGCAAGAAAUCCUUCCUGCAACAUGUUGAAGAGCUUUGCACAAACAACAACCUAAAGUUUCAAGAAGAAUUUUCGGAAUUACCAAAAUUUCUUCAGGAUCUAUCUUCAACUGAUGCUGAUCUGCCUUGGAACAGAGCAAAAAACCGCUUUCCAAACAUAAAACCAUAUAACAAUAACAGAGUGAAGCUGAUAGCUGAUGCUAGUAUUCCAGGAUCAGAUUAUAUUAAUGCCAGCUAUGUUUCUGGCUAUUUAUGUCCAAAUGAAUUUAUUGCUACUCAAGGUCCAUUACCAGGAACAGUUGGGGACUUUUGGAGAAUGGUGUGGGAAACCAGAGCAAAAACAUUAGUAAUGCUAACACAGUGUUUUGAAAAAGGGCGGACCAGAUGUCAUCAAUAUUGGCCAGAGGACAACAAACCAGUUACUGUCUUUGGAGAUAUAGUGAUUACAAAACUAAUGGAGGAUGUUCAAAUAGACUGGACCAUCAGAGAUCUGAAAAUUGAAAGGCAUGGGGAUUGCAUGACCAUUCGACAGUGCAACUUUACUGCUUGGCCUGAGCAUGGGGUUCCUGAGAACAGCACCCCACUUCUUCACUUUGUGAAGCUGGUUCGAGCAAGCAGGGCACAUGAUACCACACCCAUGAUUGUUCACUGCAGUGCUGGAGUUGGAAGAACUGGAGUUUUUAUUGCUCUGGACCACUUAACACAGCAUAUAAAUGAUCAUGAUUUUGUGGAUAUAUAUGGAUUAGUAGCUGAACUCAGAAGUGAAAGAAUGUGUAUGGUACAAAACCUGGCACAGUAUAUCUUUUUACAUCAAUGCGUUCUGGAUCUCUUAUCGAGUAAAGGAAAUAAUCAGCUCAUCUGUUUUGUUAACUAUUCAGCACUUCAGAAGAUGGACUCUCUGGAUGCCAUGGAAGGUGAUGUUGAGCUUGAAUGGGAAGAAACCACCAUGUAA